UCUAAAGAGAAAAUGGCCACAGAGGAACACAAAAAACUAGCAACAAUCAUCAAAGAUGUCCACGAAUCUCUUCGCGUAUUGAGCAAGGAAUUGGGACCAACUGAAGCAUGGAAUCAUCAUGUACAGAACACAGAUCGUCUUAAAGAAUACGCUGAUGCAAUGCGUAAACUAGCCACUAUUUGGGAAGACAACUCCACCAAUGUUGACCUGUUAGCACGAAGUAGAAUCAAAUGGACGAUAGACUAUUGUAUGAGUUACUUUUUGGCAAAUGGAAUUCUUCUAGAAAAACGUGCCCGUGAGGAGAGACUUCUGGAAUCCCUAGAUUACGAUAAUAGUCUAUGUAAAUAUCAUCAAGAAACUCCACACCUUCGAGUUCUGGAUGUGGGAAGUUGUUUUAAUCCAUUUAAAAAUAUGGAAUACUUUGAAGUUACAGCAAUUGAUUUGUGUCCAGCUACAGAUACUGUUUUCGAAGGUGAUUUUUUAAAGAUAGAAAUCUCUCCCGAGGAAGGUACAGACAUUUGUCCAGCAAAUGGCAAAAUUCACACCCUUCCAGCAAACUAUUUCCACUGUGUAGUUUUUAGUUUACUCUUGGAAUACAUUCCAUCAUCUGAACAAAGACUGCAAUGUUGUCGAAAGGCUUAUGAACUUUUGAAGUUCGAAGGAAUCCUUAUAAUCAUCACACCGGAUUCGCAGCAUGUGGGCAAGAAUGCGGCGAUUAUGAAGAACUGGAGGUAUACUUUGGCAACGCUUGGUUUCAAUCGUAUCAAAUUCGAAAAACUUCCCCACAUCGCUUGUAUGGUUUUUCGUAAGUCGAUUGAUAUCCGUUUGCCUCAGAGGUGGGCAGCCACACACAAGGAAUCGUAUAUGAGUCUAUCAAUAGAUAUACCGCAGGACAAUAAAUAGCCAUAUUGUUAGGUUUUCAGCUCAG